AGUUUGCCUUGUUUGAAAGCAAAUACGGCUCCUCAACUGGGCCAAGCACCAAAUUAGAGCUCUUACACUCGUGUAUCAUCUUAUGUAUGACUCUUACGUUGGAUCUGGUUCCUCUUCUCUUUCUAUCCCACGACUGGACGGUGUGCAGACAUGUCUCAUCGCAAAUUCCAUGCACCACGCCACGGGCACAUGGGGUUUCUGCCCCACAAGCGAAGCAAGAAGCACAGGGGGAGGGUGCGUACGUGGCCCAAAGAUGACCCCAGCCAACCUGUCCACCUCACGGCCUUCCUGGGAUACAAGGCUGGCAUGACCCACACCCUGAGGGACAUGCAUCGCACUGGCCUGAAGCAAGCAAAGCGAGAAGUGGUGGAGGCGGUCACCAUCAUUGAAACUCCUCCUGUCAUCGUGGUGGGAGUAGUGGGAUACAUUCAGACUCUCCGUGGCUUACGUUCCCUCAAGACCAUCUUUGCCGAGCACCUCAGUGACGAGUGCAAGCGCAGAUUCUACAAAAACUGGUACAAGAGCAAAAAGAAGGCCUUCACUAAGUACAGUAAGAAGUGGCAGGAUGAGACAGGAAAGAAACAGCUGGAUAAGGAUUUUGCUGUGAUGAAGAAAUACUGUUCAGUCAUCAGGGUUAUUGUUCACUCCCAGAUGCGGCUGCUGCCCAUAAAGCAGAAAAAAGCCCACGUCAUGGAGGUGCAGCUGAAUGGGGGUAGCAUCUCAGACAAGGUGGACUGGGCUAAGGAGCGUCUGGAGCAGGCUGUGCCCGUGUCUGCCGUCUUCUACCAGGAUGAGAUGAUUGAUGUCAUCGGCGUCAGCAAGGGUCGCGGCUUCAAAGGUGUGACAAGCCGCUGGCGCACAAAGAAGCUCCCCAGGAAGACUCACAAGGGCCUGAGGAAGGUGGCCUGUAUCGGAGCCUGGCAUCCAGCCCGAGUGAGCUACACCAUCGCUCGUGCUGGUCAGAAGGGAUAUCACCAUCGUACUGAGCUCAACAAGAAGAUCUACCGUGUCGGUAGCGGUGUCCACAUUCAGGAUGGAAAGGUGAUCAGCAACAAUGCCUCCACCAACUACGACACCAGCCAGAAGUCAAUUACCCCAAUGGGAGGCUUCCCCCACUAUGGUGAAGUCAGUAAUGAUUUUCUCAUGGUGAAAGGCUGCGUGGUCGGAGUGAAGAAGCGCGUCCUCACCCUCAGGAAGUCUUUACUUGUGCACACGUCUCGCAAGUCCAGGGAGACCAUUGAGCUCAAGUUCAUUGACACUACUUCCAAAUUCGGUCAUGGCCGCUUCCAGACUGCCCAGGAGAAGAGGGCGUUCAUGGGGCCUCUGAAGAAAGAUGUCCAAAAGACGCUGCCAGAGCCUCUGUCUAAAGAUACUUGAGGCGGGGAAAAAAAAAGUAUAACACAGUCAAACAAUAAUAAAACUGAGUUUCAAAUAUA